AUGUCUUUUCGCGGUGCUCCUGGGCGCGGAGGUCCCUAUCGUGGAGGCGGCGGUCCUCCCCGCGGUGCUGGCGGCGGUCGUGGUCGCGGCGGCGGCGGUGGUCGCGGCGGCAAGCCACCCCCUGGUCCCAACGUCGGAACGCGUGUCCCUUUGACAGUCAUCGCUAAUGCAUAUGCCAUCACUCAACUUCCCAAGGUCUCCUUUUAUCAGUACCAAGCCAUCACACCCGAGGCUAGGACUGCCAAGAAGCAGCGCAUCGUCAUCGACCAUAUGCAGCGCCAGUAUAUCGCACAGUUCUCGCCACAAGGCGUGUACGACGGGCAGGCGUUGUUCUUUUCGCAAAGCGACAACCUCGCUGGCAAUUGGUCUGUGGAUCUCCCUGUUGGAUCGAAUGGCCAAGCCGGCGGCACAUUCCAUGUCAAGAUGGAUCGUGUAAGCGACAUUAGACCUCUGAGCGUGCAGGAGGUGGGCGGGAACAACGCGCUCGAUCCGGUCAUCAUCAAUCUUCUUCAGUUGCUCUCCCAAGAGAAGGCGGCACGCGACUCGUCGUACUUCAAUCCUCGGCGUUCUGUCUUCUUCCCCCAGCGCGCGCAGCCCGUCUUACUCCCCAGCCGGACAGUGGAUAUGUUCCAUGGCUUCUAUCAGUCAAUUAAACCCGUCCGCAACGGUCUCGUCGUUAAUCUUGACAUAGCUUCGACGCUUAUGUACCCCGCGAGCGCACUUCUCGAUUGGAUCAUGAACUACAUGGAGUUCCAGAACCUCCGCGACUUAGAGGUCUUGGAGCCGGCCAGCCCUCGCUGGCGUGAUCUCAAAACCAAGUUGAACAAUGUACGCGUCGAGUACAGGUCCAAUCGUGUUCGUCAGCGCAAGAUUCGUGGCAUCAUCCCGCACGCCGGCGAGAUAGAGUUUGACCGCGGAGACGACCGCAUUACCAUCGAGACGCACUUCCAGCAGCUCAAUCAUCCUCUCAAGUACCCCAAGCUUCCCGGUGUCUAUCUUGAUGACAAGAAGAAGGUUAUCGUUCCCAUUGAGCUCUGCACUAUUCUGCCAGGCCAGCGCUACCCCUUCCAACUCAGCAAAUUUGACCAGACGAUGGCUGUUGACGAGAUGACCAAGACUCCGAUCAACCGGCAACAGACGAUCCAGAACGGGAUAGCGUUCUUCGCGCACCAAGAUUCGCAGUUCGUUCUUGAAGCGCAGAUGUCAGUCGCUACAAACCCUAUGGUGAUCCGUGCCUCCCGCAUUGGUGCACCCAAAGUUGUAUAUCGUCAACAAUCCAGUGUUCAAGUGCUUACCGGGGACUGGGACAUCUCGCGCAAUCAGUUCAUCGAGCCUAAGAUCAUACAGUCCUGGGUGGUCAUCAACCUUAUCGGUCCCAGUGUCCGCACUGUCAGGCAGGGCCUUCAGCCCACACAAGAAUACGCGAGGACCUUCAUGGGUGCGAUCGCGCGCAGCUGCCAAGACCGGGGCAUGUGUGUGCCCAAGGAGCCUCUUAUCAUCAUCGACAUGCAGGGCGUGCAGGAGAAGACACUUACCCAGAUCAAGUACCAGCAGCUGCAACCUCCUGCGGUCAUGUUUUUCCUAUUGGCGGAGGGCGGCGGCGCCUCGGACCUACAUCGUCGCAUCAAGUACUGGGGCGACAUACAGGAAGGCGUUACCACUCAGUGCAUGUACGCCGCUAAAGUGAACCCCACGCCGCUGUUCGGCAACAAUAUUGCCAUGAAACUGAAUGCGAAGCUUGGCGGCAUCAACAACAUCGCUUCGAACCCCACACUUGAGAGCCUGUCAUCGGGUACUAUGAUUAUCGGUGCCGAUGUCACCCACCCGGGCCCUGGUCUUGUCACUCGUCCGUCAAUCGCGUCCGUCGUGACCUCUUUGGACCCAGGUUGGGCGAAAUACUUUUCGUGCAUGGACGUUCAGCCGCCUCGCCUUGAGCGCAUUGAGAACCUGCGCGAUCUGAUCUACGACGCUCUCCGGCGGUGGUGGACUAGCAACAACAAUAAGCUUCCUGAGCGGAUUAUCUACUUCAGGGACGGCAUAAGUGAGGGCCAAUAUGUCGAUACCGGUAAAUACGAAGAGACUCACAUCCGGCAGGCCUGGGAGCGCGCUGCCAAGGGGCUCGGACUCCCAUUCCAGUUCAAGUUUACCUUCAUAGUGGUGGAGAAGCGCCACCAUAUGCGUUUCCUGCCGCAUGUUGACCAACAGACCAAUAACAACAUCCCCCCUGGUUUGCUCGUAGAAGACGAGGUGGUGUCUCGCGUGUACGAGAACUUUUAUCUUGUUUCCCAGGCCGGUAUCCUCGGAACCUCCCGUCCCUCUCACUACGUCGUCCUUAAGCGCGAACCGACCAUCACCCUGUCGAUGAUACAGGACCUGUCGUACUAUCUGUGUCACGUUUGCGCCAGGACCACGCGUUCUGUCGCACUCCCGGCGCCUGUCCAUUAUGCGGAUCUACUCGCCGCCGAGGCCUUCAACUAUAUCGCGCCGGACUCGCCCGCCUUCAAUACAGACAACAUGACCGUCGCUUCCGAAGACGAAUUUAACCUUGCCGUCUGGAAGCAAGCCCUGCCGACGGGUCCCGUGGUGCACGGAGCGAUGCAAGGCAAACUGUUCUUUGUCUGA